CGGGGAUCCCCGGCAGAAAGGCCCGGCUAGCUCCAGCGACGCGGCCCGUGACGUCACUGCCCGUGGUGCAGCGCGGGGGCGCGGCUUACCGGAGGUCCCGGCCUGUCGGCGCCACUCGCCAGUUGAGCUGCCGCUAGCGGCGGGCGAGCGUCGUGAGGCGUGUGGCGUGCGGCGUGAGGCGUGACGAGUGAGCAGCGGCCAGUGCGUGAGAUGCGGGCGUGAGCGCGGCGGGGACGCAGCUGCGAGAUGAGGGGCCGCGUGACCGUGGCGCACGGCCGCGACAACCCCGCCGCCACCGACGAUGACGGCAUCAUGCUUCACCGGCUGAGGCGGCUGGGCUCGACGGCAGCGGCUGGGGAGGCAGCGCCAGCCGCCGACGCACGCGCGCCGCCGCCGGACCAGCAGGGCAACCGUUUCGGCUCCGUCAACGGCGUCUCCGAGGCCAAGCCGAAGUCGGUCUGGACGCUGCCGGAAGUCGACCUGAGCCGCGUCAGGGACAAGGCGAUCGGCUUCGUCCGGCAAGGGUCGAGCAAGAGGUUUCAUCGGCCGAUCAUGGACGGCACGAGACGCAUAAAGGUCGGAGGUCAAAGCCUGCCGGGCGCGCCUGCGACUGACCCCGCGGCCGAACCCUCGUUCACCGACAACCGCAUCAGCACGUCAAAGUACGCGCUGUGGAAUUUUGUGCCCGUCAAUCUGUUUGAGCAGUUCCGGCGUUUGAUCAACUUCUAUUACGCCCUGAACAUCGCCAUCACGUGUAUCAUCGACAGUCCAGUCAGUCCGGUGACCUCUGCACUGCCGCUGGGCUUUGUCGUGUGCGUCACCAUGCUCAAGCAGGGGUACGAGGACUGGCUGCGGCACAAGAUGGACGAGGAGGUCAACAACAAGCCGGCCGUCGUCGUCCGCCACGGCAGGCUGCAGGAGGUGAAAACGAAAAACAUCAUCGUGGGGGACAUCGUGCACGUGCGCGCCGACGAGGACUUCCCAUGUGACCUGGUGAUGUUGACGUCCUCUGACCGCGAGGGUCACUGUCACAUCCAGACGGCCAACCUGGACGGCGAGACCAACCUCAAGACCAAGGAAUCGCCGACGCAGACUCGGCACAUGCGCUCCCUCUCCGACCUGGACACGGUGCGUGCCAUCAUCGAGUGCGAGAACCCCAAGCCGGACCUGUACAAAUUCGUGGGCAACAUGACCUUCCACAACGCGGCCAGCGGCGUCCGCGAUGAGGUGCCGCUGGGGCCGGAGCACGUGCUGCUGCGGGGCUCGCGGCUGAAGAACACCGACCACAUCUACGGAUGUGCUAUCUACACCGGUCGGGACACGAAACUAGCGCUCAAUCUGAAGAUUACCAGCAACAAGUUCUCGUCGGUCGAGAAGUCAAUGAACAAGUUCCUGGUCUUCUUCCUGCUGUUGCUGUUGGGCGAGGUCACCGUGGCCACGCUGUUCUCCUACUUCUACCAGAAACGCGUAGCCACGCUGACCAGCCAGCCCGGCAUGCUGGAGACCUCGCCGUGGUACCUGCCGGCUGAAGAUUUCGCCCCAGUCAACACCAUCUUCUCCUUCCUGGUCAUCUUCAACUACAUCAUUCCGAUAUCGUUGUAUGUUACUGUCGAGAUGGUGAAGUUCGCUGGAACUCGCUUCCUGGUGUGGGACGAGCAGCUGGUGUUUGACGGAGCAGGACCCAAGGCAAACACGUCCGACCUCAACGAGGAACUGGGCCAGAUUGAAUACCUCUUCUCGGACAAGACGGGCACCCUGACUGAGAACGACAUGCAGUUCCAGCACUGCUCAGUGGCCGGCAGGAACUACAAGGAAGUGGACGGUGUGCUGCUGCCUCACAACCCCAGCGAGCGCGUCGUUACGGCCUCCGCCGCCGGCUCCACUAAACUGGAGCACCUGCAGCGGGCGGAGCUGGACGGCUUCCUGACGGCGCUGGCGCUCUGCCACACAGUUCAGGUGGCCGAGGGCAGCAGCGACGACCCUCUGCCCAGCUACCAGGCCAGCAGCCCGGACGAGAAGGCGCUGGUCGAAGCGUGCAGCAGGUUCGGCGUCGUGUUCGGUGGAAUCACCGAUGACGUGUGCAAGAUCACAGUCAGGGGCGAAGUGCGACGCUACAGGCGACUGAACGUGCUCGAAUUUGACCCGGACCGGAAGCGAAUGUCGGUGAUAGUGGAGGAUGCCAGCGGCCGUGUCAUGGUGCUCUGCAAGGGCGCCGACAGCGCGGUGCUCAGCCAGUGCUCUGCCGGUGACAAGCUGACUACCGUUCAACACGUCAACUACUACGCCUUACUGGGCCUGCGCACGCUGGUGUUCGCUUGGCGCGAGCUGAGCCGCUGUCAGCUGGACCAGCUCUCCCAGGAGCUGAACAGGGCGCGGGCUGCUCUGCACAACCGCGAGGAGGCCGUCCGGGCCGUGAGCUCACAGAUCGAGUCGGACAUGGAGCUGCUGGGGGCCACCGGUGUGGAGGACCGGCUGCAGGAGGGCGUGCCCGAGACGCUGGAGACGCUCCGCGCCGCCGGCGUCAAGGUGUGGGUGCUGACGGGGGACAAGGUGGAGACGGCGGUCAACGUCGCCACAUCCUGCGGCCACUUCAAGCGAGGCACGACCCUGCUGGAGCUGGUGCAUUGUCGCUCGGUGCCCGCGGUGCAGCAGGUCCUGAAGGACCUCGAUGCGCUGACGCACGGGCAGCCGUAUAACAACUUCGGCCUGGUCAUGGACGGUGAGAGCCUCUCGGCGGCGCUGCACAACAGCGCCACCCGGCACCAGCUUCUGGGAGUCGCCACCAGGUGUCAGGCGGUGGUCUGCUGCCGCAUGUCGCCCAUGCAGAAGGCAGAGGUGGUGAAGCUGGUCAAGUACUCCAAGGAGCGGCCGGUAACAUCAGCCAUUGGAGACGGCGCCAACGACGUCUCCAUGAUCCAGGAGGCACACGUCGGCUUCGGUCUGGUGGGCCGCGAGGGACGACAGGCGGCCCGCUGCUCCGACUUCUCGCUGGGCCGCUUCCGCUUCCUCAGCCGCAUCCUGCUGGUGCACGGCCACUGGUAUUACGUGCGCCUGGCCAACCUCGUCCAGUACUCGUUUUACAAGAACGUGGCCUUCAUAACACCGCAGCUGUUCUUCGCCUUCAGCAACCUCUUCUCCACCAUGAGUCUGUACGACAGCUUCUACCUCACCUUCUACAACGUGUUCUUCACGGCGGCUCUGCCCCUGGCCUACGGCAUUCUGGAGCAGGACAUCACUGCUGAGACGCUGACCGCUCGGCCUGACAUCUAUCGGCGCUUCGGGCGAAACGUGAUGCUCGGCUGGAGCGAGUUUACCAAGUGGACGCUGCUAGGACUAUGGCACGCCGGCGUGCCCUACUUUCUGGUGUGGUACGUCUGGAAAGAGGACCCCAUCCUGCUGCAGUCAGGCCGCAUGAUGGGCGUGUACGCCUUUGGCAGCGUCAUCUGUCAAACCAUCGUUCUCGUCGUCAACAUUAAGAUGAUCAUCAUGAGUCGCUACAUGACCUGGAUGUUCUUCGUCUGCUUCUUCGGCGGCAUUGCGAUGAUGGGGCUGACGUCCGUGUACUCGCUCCUCCGACUGCCCUUCGUGAGCAACGACACGAUGGCGUGGGUGUACGAGAUGCUGUCGCUGUCGCCGACGCUCUGGCUGCUACAGCUGCUGCUGGUCGUCGUGUGCCUGCUGCCGGACGUGCUGCUGGAGGUGGCGCGCACGCACGGCCGUGGCCUAGGUGCGCUGGCCGACCGGCUGCGCGUGCUGCUGGGCGUGCCAGCCAGCGCCGCCGUCACGCUGCCGGCGUUCUCUCGCGACCCGGACGGCUCUGUGGCCAGUCUGGCGAGCGCGUCAACGGCGACGGGCGUCGUGUGACCCGGCGCCGCCCGGACUUGGAAGCCCUCCGCUCAGUGCGAGAUGUGUGUGCUCACUGCCGCAGAGCCAUGCACCCGUGACAGCGUGUUUAUACGCUUGUCGAUCGUCAGAAAAUAGUGGAGCUUUGGCUGUUUCGUAAGGGACUUGUGGUUAAAUGACAAUUACAUCACAUGCUAAUUUAUUUCGGGGUUCAUCUAGCUUUACUUCCAUUGUCUUAGAUUAGAUCGCAUUUAAAUAUGCUGUAAUGAUGCAUCAAUUCUUCAGUGGCCCACAUUGAUUGGCUCUAGGUUAGCCAUUGAUGUCACAGCGUUCAAGGCGCGUUUUGCUGUUGCUCUCACGCAGAUUGGAAGCUGUCCUUGGCGCUUCAGCCUUUUUGGGCAGAAUCCCUUCCCGACGCACUUUUAUGUUCAUACAUCCAGAACAGCUGGUCCCUAAGGCUUCGAACCGUUUAAGAUGACUUAGAUGACUUUAAGUUCUUAAGAUGACUUUAAGUUCUCACAGCGCUGUGCCAAAUGGUUAUUGGUCAGCAGUUUGGCGCAUGGAUUCUGCUUUCUUUGGUUGACCUCAUUUGCACUCGUGCCGGCUGAUAUCUGGGCUUCCUGUCUGUUGUGAGGUAUGCCCGGCGAUCACACGUGUCAGGCUGCUGGCUCAUUGUCGGAUGUUUUAUAGCAUUUUGCGACAUGUUGGCCUGAUCAUGACUUGCGGAGAGUGCUUUGUACGCUCUCUGGUGAAGGUACGUUUUAAAGCCACCUGUCUGUGUGCCGUAAGUGGCCCCCAAUCAGGGAUAUAGAGAGGCGAGUGGUCAGGGGCUCCGUUUUUAUAUCGUUAGAAACAUUGGGACCACGUUUUGGGGCCACGCUGCCUGCGAGUAAAACCCAGGACAUGGACAGCCCCGUGCAGCUGAAAUGCACGCCCCCAGGCUGCAUGUGUGUCUAGUCAAGCCAUGGGGGUGGCACAGGCAAUACUGCCUUGCCUUGGCGCAGUCAGAUGUAUUGUCAAUGUGCUUUGUCUCCUGGAUCAAUGUCCCACGCAGGAAUCUGUUCCGACCGACUGAAAUGCAUUCGUUCGGGCGUUUUCGAAGUACGUGUUAUGUGAUAUCAGUAUUCGGUCUAUGUAUAUUUCCGCUGACAUGACAUGUGGAGCGAAAUUUCUGCCAAUGGGACCGAACGUGUGGGACCUUUGGCUUUCUCCAUGGCUUAAUGGAUUUUCUCCGUGGGUUUAAUGGGUUAUCUGAUUAUUUUCUGUUUUUCUUUGGCCCACUCAGACGGGCAUUACCUUUUGUUGCACUACGCGUCUGCAUGACCACAUGGGUGCCACCUGUUUGCGGUAGCUCGCAGUAAAGCUCCCUGGAGACGAGUAAGUGCCGCACUGGGCACUGCCCCGGGAUUGCAGUGCACACCGGAAGUGAAAUGCCCUUCUGUGAUAGUCUGUGGCUGAGACCCCAAUAUGGUGGAGCGGCUCAAGCGUGUACUGUAACGUUUUGAUGUGUUUCCGUGCGCUGUUCCCCAAGACCAUGGUGUUCUUGCUUCUGUAGAGGCGUGCGAUGACAUCGACACACACUCGCGCCGAUGCGGCAUUGGUUUGUUUGGUCUGUGGCUUUAAUUCGUGAAAUCAGGAUCACGCGAAAUGGUUUUUGAUGGCUUCCGAUUAACGUAACAUAUGUUCUGAUGAGCGGAAUGAAGGCCCGUUUCAAGCGUUCAACGGCGAGGUGACGGUUGACCGCACCUUCUCUAUUUGGUGCGAUGUUGUGCGCGUCACAAUACAUCGUAACCAGGUUGCCUGUCGCUCAUCAACCGUUGGGGAGAGGGGACGAGAGGCGGGCAAGGCCUUAAAGCGUUUCCGUGCAUUUAAGACCAUGGGAAUAACGUGAAGUUGCGCUUAAGUUGGGAGGGUCUCACCGUCCCUCCUCAUCCCCCCCCCCCCCCCCGCCUGCUGUGGAGGAGCUCACGGUGGGGAUGAUCAAUGUUUUUCU